ACGGUUGGGUUUUUAGUGUUUGCAUUUGUAAUCUUUUAAUACGAGUAGAAGUAGAAGUAAUUUAUCUGUAAUUUGCUCAGUUGUGGGGAGUUUAUAUGUGGACGAGUUAUGACGGCUCUGAGCAGGUCUGAUAACCUGGGAAAACUAGAUAAGCAGCCAACCCUCACUACUCAACCUCGUCCUUACAUCUCAUCUUUCCACACGCAUCUUGUUCUAUAGCUUUCAACAUCUUUGCUUAUCUUCAGAAUUCAGUCACAAUGGACCACAGCCACCACCACCAUCACCACGCCUCCCCCGACGACGCAGCCUGCAAGAUGGCCAUGAUCUUCAACUGGGACCCCAUCGACACCUGCAUCGUCUUUGAAUGGUGGCACAUCCGCGGCCUGUACUCGCUCACGGCAAGUCUGCUUGCCGUCGUCGCGCUCGGCGUGAGCUACGAGUAUCUGCGUACGUGGCCUGAGGCUGCUGUGCUGUCUGCGCCGGCGGUCCUGCGGGGCGAGAAGAAGGUUGAUGAUGGGGAGGGCAGCGGGUAUGGACCGCUUAUGAUGUUUGUCAAUAGGAAUAGGAAGGAGGUUAAGGCUGUGCUGUACGGCGUGCAGGUCGUGUAUUCCUACUUUAUCAUGCUCGUCGCCAUGACAUAUAACGGAUGGAUUCUCUUGGCGGUCGGCGUGGGUGCAUAUCUGGGUCACCGGAUAUUCAACAAGGAAGAAGACGAGAGCGGUCCGAAAACGCAAAAGAAGAGAGGGAUGUCGUGUCAUUGAUCUAUAAAUUAUUGCAUUGUUGAUGGAUGGUGGCAUGUAAAAGUGAGCAGAUAGGAUGAAUUUGUAUCUACAUCGACUUAUAAAACGAGACAAUUCAUUAAGAUACCUACACAUACUACACACAUGCAAACAAACAAUGCAAUCUCCAAACAAGACCAAUCAGUCUUCCAGCAUAUGUAGCCCGCACAUCUCAAGUCUCCACCAUCAUCUAUUUUUACUCAUCUAUACGCACGUACUUAUUUGAUAAACUCCUUGAAGUUGUCUACACUUCGAAACUCCACCUUGCCCGAGGCGUCGACCGA